AUGGCAGGGUUUGUGAAAUUCUGCGUGAUCCUGCUCUUGGCCAUACAGCAAACGAUCGCUCAAGGUGGUCAACCGUGCUAUACUGCUUCGGGUGCUGCAGGUGUAUGCGUAUCAUCCUGUCCCAUCCCUUACCAACUGAACAUUAAUCCGUUCGGAUUUUUCGGUGGCGCUGGACAAGGAUGUCAGAGUUUCUUCGGGUUUGUCAAUUACUGCUGCUCGGCAGCAGCUUUCUCCAGCAGUACUGUACCGCCAGCAGUCGCACCAACUACUGCACAAACGUACCAAACCGGCGGUACUGAGGCUAGCAGUCCCUCCACGGUAUUUCUUUUGCAGCCAGAGCCCACCGUUUCAACCACGAGCCGUUCGGCAACGAUUCGCACCACGACACCGGUUGUGCUUCAAAACCGUUUGGCAAGCGCCCCAACGUUCGACAGCCCGGUGGUUCUGCCUACCCCAGAGCAGGGUUGCGGUGUGAGCGAUGUUGAGCACAAUCGAGUUGUCGGUGGUGUACCGGCCGCACUGAACGGAUGGCCCUGGAUGGCUUUAGUCGGUUACAAGGGAACAUUCGGAGAUAUUGAUUUCGCUUGUGGAGGAUCGCUUAUUACCGAUCGGCAUGUUCUUACUGCGGCUCACUGCAUUUUGCCCACACUAUCCCUGGUGCGAUUAGGAGAACACGAUACGAGCAAUCAAACAGAGUCAGCACACGUUGAUGUAGCGGUGUACAAGUACAUUUCCCAUCCGUCUUACGAUACGUUUGAUGGCCAUUCGGAUCUAGCGAUAUUGUACCUCACACAUACGGUGGAGUUCACUGAACAAAUCAAACCCAUUUGUCUGCCUAUGGCCGAACCGGUGCGCAGUACAGAUUUUACCGGCUACAACCCAUUCAUAGCCGGUUGGGGCCGCACCAAGGAAACGGGAUUCGAAUCGCAGGUGCUCCAGGAGCUACAGAUCCCCAUACUGGUGAAUGAAGACUGCAGCCAGUUGUACAAGAAGGUAAGGAAGCUGUUCUCCAAGAAGCAGUUCAACGAUGCUGUCCUGUGUGCCGGGUUUCUGGAGGGUGGUAAGGAUUCGUGCCAGGGCGAUAGUGGCGGUCCGCUGAUGUUGCCGUAUCUUGUCAACAAGAAGUUCCACUACUUCCAAAUCGGCAUCGUGUCGUACGGUAUCGGGUGUGCUCGGGCCGACCUACCCGGAGUGUACACGCGGGUGGUCACAUUUGUAGAUUGGAUCGUGGAACAGACGAGGACGUCAACUGUGUCCGCUACGAUUCCGUUCACACCGCUGACAAGUUCUUCGCUGAUAUUCAGCACGGGGACACCUCCAACGGGUCCACCGUUUACCUCAACCACCUUUCCAACCACAAGCCCAACCGCACCGCUAACCUUUAACACACCCCCCAUAACGGCAACAGUUCCCGUGCCUAUAUUUACCUCGACAACAUUCAAUACUCAGGCAUCCACGUCUACUGGAGCUGGGCCUACGCUGUCAACAAACACAAUCCCGAUUUCUGGUCUAACGUCCACUCCAAGCACACCACUGUUCCCCACGGUUACUUUUACCAAUCCACCAACGGGAAGUACAAUCCCUGGUGCUGUACUAACUUCCACACUGUCACCCAUUACUCCCGUGACGGGUAUAUCACCUUUGCCCACGUUCCCAACCUUCCUUACGACGAUCAAUCCACCGAUUCUAACAAAUGACAGCUGCCUAACACCAAAUGCCCAGAAUGGUAUAUGCAUCGUGUACGUAAACUGUGAUUUCAUACUGCAGCUGCUGAUCCGUAAUGCUAAUCUACGUGACCCAACGAUUGAGAGCUAUGUGGCCCAAUCGCUUUGUGGUUAUAGUGAUGUAACACCCAUGGUUUGUUGUCCAACGCUAAGGUUCGCACAUCAAGGCACAAAUACGACCAGUAGCUAUACCACCGCCCCACCCGUUACAACAGCACCCGGGUCAUUCUUUUUCGCAAGCAUCUCCGGAGGAUCAUUAACGCCCGGUUCCGGUAACGUCGCACCAAGCAGUAGCACACCCAAACUUCCCACCAACGAUGCCGAUCGCUGUGGCAUGUCUAAUGCAACACAUACGCGUGUCGUCGGUGGUGUAGAUGCACAGCUCAAUGCCUGGCCGUGGAUGGCCGCGUUGGGCUACCGGUCGUCAUCCUUCGAGCUGAACAGUGGACCCCGCUUUCUGUGUGGUGGUACGCUGAUAACCACGGCACACGUGCUUACCGUCGCGCACUGCAUACAGACGGGGCUGUACUAUGUGCGGCUCGGCGAGUAUGAUAUCACAUCCGAUCAGGACGGUGCCAACCCGAUUGACGUCUACGUCCAGCGUUGGCUGGUACACGAGCGGUACGAUGCGAAAACGAUCCACAACGAUAUUGCGCUAGUGCUGCUGCAGAAAACCGUCACCAUUACCGAGGCAAUUAGACCCAUCUGUUUGCCACUGGACACGAAACAGCGUACCAAAGAUAUAACGUAUUACGCACCGUUUAUAGCCGGAUGGGGUGCGGUCUCGUUCAAUGGUCCGUCCGCCACCAAGCUGCAGGAGGCGCAGGUUGUGGUACUUCCGGUUGACCAGUGUGCCUUCAACUACAAGCUGUAUUUUCCCGGCCAGAUCUUUGACGACACCGUCCUGUGUGCUGGGUUCCCCCAAGGGGGCAAAGACUCCUGCCAAGGCGAUAGUGGCGGUCCGCUGAUGUUACCCGAGCUUGCAACAAACAGUCAGUACUAUUACUACACCCUGAUCGGGCUCGUCUCGUACGGCUACGAAUGUGCACGUGCCGGCUUUCCGGGUGUCUACGUGAAAGUCACGGCAUAUCUUCCCUGGAUCGAAUCGAACAUCAACUUUUGA